GCACGUCGAGCCGUCAGCCCAGAGUCCGACGACUCACAUAAGGAGAAUACUGGCCCAAUGGCCGAUGAACACGGCCACUCGGUGAAGCUGGAGAAGCAGAGUUCGAAGCGAGAGAACUUACGCGCUCCCACUCAGCGGCGGGCUGUCGACGCGCAAGACGAAGCGGAGCAGGACGAGCAAGCUACCCAUGAGGAACGGGAUGAUGAUGAUGAAAAAGAUGACGACGACGAGGACGAAGACGAGCAGGGAGCUGGUUCUCCUAGGGGUAACAAACGAGCCAGGAUCAAUACCGACGGUGACGGCCGGCCAAUCAAGAGUGAAAGCAAGGGAAAGCAGAGAGAGUAUAUGGAACUGCCACGAGAUGACGACGGAUACAUUCCGGGAUCCAUCGUUCGUGUCCAGCUCCAUAACUUCGUAACCUAUGACUACGUCGAGUUCAACCCCGGUCCGUACUUGAAUAUGAUCCUCGGCCCUAAUGGUACCGGAAAGAGUAGUAUAGCAUGUGCUCUCUGCAUUGGGCUGAACUUCCCUACCAGUAUCCUCGGCCGUGCAUCCGAGUUGAACUCUUUCGUGAAGCUCGGCACCGACAAAGGUUAUGUAGAGAUCGAGCUCAAGGGCAAGAAGGGUCAAGGCAACUUGACCAUCCGACGGAACCUGUCCGCGGACUCAAAAGGAUCUUCGUUCUCUAUUAAUGGUCAGCCUGCAAGCGGCAAGGAGGUGACAAGCAGGAUUGGAGACUUGAACGUUCAAGUUGGGAACUUGUGUUCUUUCUUGCCGCAAGAUAAGGUCGCAGAGUUCGCGAGGAUGAGCCCUCAAGAGCUGCUGCGUCAGACCGAGAAAGCCGCCGGAAACGAGAAUCUCAGCGCAUGGCACGAUACGCUUAUCAGUUCCGGCAAGGAAGCAUCCCAGCUUAAAGAGAUGCUCGCAGGCGAGAAAGCGCAGUUACAGACGAUGGAAGAACGUAAUGAUAUGCUCAAGAAGGACGUCGAGCGGUACAAUGAACGCAAGAAGAUCGAGCAACGGAUUGCAGUCCUGGAGCUUAUUUUGCCCGUCAAGGAGUAUAGCGAGGCCUUCAAAAGGUAUCAGGAGACGAAGGCCGAACAGAGGCGGCUGCAUGCGGAGGUCCAGCGGCUCAAAAAUCGGAAUGCGCCUGCCCAUGACUUGUUGGAGAAGCUCAAGAAGCGCUACAAGAAGCUUAACCAGGACAGAGAGGACAAGAAGAAAGUCGCGCGCUCCAAGUUCGAGGCAAUGAGGAAGAAGUACGAUGAUGGAGACGCAUUGGAAACUGAAGUUCAAAACCUGAUGAAUAAGCUGGACAACUUGAAGAAAGAAGAGAGGGAGAUUGCCAAGAACAUAGCGGAACUCGAGCGUAAAAUCGAGAAGCUUGAUCACGACAUUGCCAACCCGCCAGACACGGAAGAUAUUGAUGCUCUCAAUGCAGAAUUGAAACUAAACGCCCAAGGCCAGAGGGAGCUCGCCGCGAAGCAGUCACAACUGCAGGACCGUCAAAGGACUCAUGCCGAUGAAGUCGCGAAGUGGAAAGCUGAUAUCAGUAACGCGCAGCAAGGUAUAAAUCGCCUUAACGACGUCCACCACCAGAAACUGCAGGCACUGGCAAGAUGGGAUAGAGACUGCGCCGAGACAAUCGAGUGGCUUAGGCAAAACCAGCAUAGAUUCAAGAUGCCGAUCAUCGAGCCCGCUGCAAUCAGUUGUACAGUGCCCAAUAAAGCAUAUGCGACGGCCGUCGAAGCCUGUUUCGGUGCCACACAGAUGAAGACCUUCGUUGCUCAAUGCGAAGAAGACUAUGAACUUCUGAAUCACCUUGUUAUCGAUACAGAUAAAGCUCUUGGCCGGAGGGCACGAGUCCCUACUUGGUUCCGCCCUCAUUCGGAGGCAAGCCUUGUACCACCACCCUUGAGUCCAGAAGAAAUGGCCGCCAUGCACUUUGAUGGCUACGCGAUCGACUACGUCGAUUGCCCUGAAGGCUUGAAGUGGUACUUGAAGAAGGAAAUGCAGCUGCACCGGACGGCCAUUGCUCUGGACGGCAGUAAAGUCCCUGUUGCUCAAGCCAUGGACCUGGUUUCUCGUCUCGGACCUCGUGGCGAAGGCGGCGGUGCCAGUUUCAUCGCUGGCAUGACCAUGAACCGGGUCGCCCGGUCAAGAUACGGGAAGCGACUGCCUCAGAACAGCACCGGCGACAUUAGACCGGCCAGGAACUUUGCACAGGCUUCUGUUGAUCAAGAACAAAUGCGACGUCUCGAUCGACAAAUAGCUACCGCCCGAGAGAACCUGGCAAGGCUUGAUGAACAAGUCAAGGAGCUCACGGACUUCGAGGCCCAGAUCCAAGCGGAAGGCAAGGAGAAGAAAGCCGUGCAUGACGAUCUGGUAGCCCGGAAACGAGCCAUCCAAGAAAUUCAGACCAAACUGCAGCGGAUGCGACUCAACCGAGAUAAUGCCCAAACGCGGCUCGAGGAGUUACGCAAUAAGCCCCCGAUGACUGAACGUCGGAAGGAGCUCAAGCAGAAAAUUCUGGUUAAUUGUCAGAAACGAGCUAAGCUUGCCCGAGAAUACAAUGAUCUUGCCCGUGCUGCUAUCAAGGAACAAUCCGACGCCACCCGAAUAGGCUUGCAAUACCUCCAAACUGGCUCGAAUAUCUCUGCCCUGGAAGCGCUGGUCAAACAGCACGAUGAGGAGUUCGACAAGACGCUCGACGAAUAUACCAAAGCCGAGAAGCUGUUCCUAGCCGCCAAGGCGGAGUCUAAGGAGAAGUUGGACAUAAGCAAGGCAAGAUUGGAUGCCGCUGACGACGAGAUCCGAGAGCGCUUCCGGGAGAUGGAGCAGUCCGGACAAGUAAAUCAGAAGAGCGUGGAGGAUAUCCAGACAGAUCUAGAAACUCAGCGCGCUGAGUUGUCCAUGAACCUGAACACUAACGCUUCGGUCAUCGAGCAGUACGAGAGGAGGAAGGAGGAGAUAGAGAGUUUGAGUCAAAAAAUCGAGCAGCGUGAGAGAAGGAUAGCAAAGAUCGAGAGAGCAAUCAAAGCCGCGCAGGAUAACUGGGAACCUGCACUGGAAAGACUGGUUAAUAGUAUUGGGACGAAGUUCUCCGCUGCUUUCGACAGGAUCGGUUGCGCUGGUGAAAUCAGAAUCAGCCGCGACGAAGACUUCGAGAAAUGGGCCAUUGAUAUCCUUGUCAAGUUCCGGGAUAGCGAGAAGUUGCAGCUAUUGACAGGUCAAAGACAGUCUGGCGGGGAACGUUCUCUGACUACGAUUAUGUACCUCAUGAGCUUGACUGAAGAAGCACGGGCGCCAUUCUCACUGGUUGACGAGAUCAAUCAGGGUAUGGAUGCACGCGCCGAGCGGGCCGUUCACAACGAACUCGUCGAAGUCACCUGCAAACCCGACAGCCGGCAGUAUUUCCUCAUUACCCCCAAGCUCCUUCCAGAUCUGCGGUACGAUGAACGUAUGAAGGUUCUCUGCGUAAACAAUGGCGAGUGGUUGCCCGAGGAGAGAGGCUUGGGCAACAUGAACAACUUGAUCGACACGUUCCUACAGCGUCGUAGCCGUUCCAACGCCAGUGCAUAGAGGACUUAUGCUACCACUGACACGGCGGGCAAAGCAGG